AUGUCCAGAUUUGUAAUUCGUUUUCUCGUUCUGGUUUUCGUUGUGACAACAAUUACAAUUGAUGCUGGACGGAUAUUCUAUCUUCCUUUACCGAAAAUUCAUUCAUCUGAGCAUGAAGUGAAAACAACACCCGCUGCAUUCGAACCAACAGAACAUUCUUACAAAGAACGAUCUAUUAGUAAUGAAUAUCUACCAUUGUUCGUUAUGGAAAAUGGCAUGUUGAACAAUGGAAAUGAAAUUGAAAAACGGGGCAACUUCGAUUGGGAAGCAUUGGUGGAUACAGAAGCAUCAUCAAAUCGACGAGAAUUUGAUUAUUUAUCAGCAUUGGACCAAGACACACGAGUUUCACAUGAAGCUCGUAGAUUUUCUCAUGACAGCGAUGAGCCGUGGUCCUUAGAUACAGCAAAAAGUGAAGCAGCACGUCUACAAUCUGAUACUUCCGAUCAAGCACAACGACGAAAUGACACCAUAUUUCUUUUGAUCGUCGGCAUUUGCAGUUUAGUGGGCGUCCUGGGACUUGUUGCUGCCGCUGUCUUCUGGUACAGAAUUCAAAAACGAGCUGAAGCAGCAAUCGACUCUGAUUAUCCAUCGUACGGUGUCACGGGAUCGAAAGGCAAUGGUAGUAAAAUCUCACCAAGUGCAACAAUAUCUGAUCGAAAAUUAGCUCAAAGUGCUCAAAUGUUUCAUUAUCAACAACAACGGCAACAAAUGAUGGCACAAGAAAAAGCUCAUCUGGAUGCGAAACCUGUUCAUUCUGAUGAUUCAGAUGAUGAAGCACCAACGAACGGAGAUUACACUGUUUAUGAAUGUCCUGGUCUUGCUCCAACGGGUGAGAUGGAAGUUCGCAAUCCGCUCUUCACUGAACCAGAAUCAUCUUCUCCAACCUCACAUCCAACAACUAAUAAUCACUACCCUCAAUUGUCAAAUGCACUUCCAGCAGCAGCAGCAUCGUCAACGCAAGAAAAAUCAUCGUCAUAA